GGUGGGAGUUGAAUGUGGAAUGACGUCAGGCGCCUCGGGACUGUGAGCCACCCAACUCGGAGCGCCAAGCCCACUAGAUCGCCAGCCCGGGCGUGUGCUGAGAGCGAACCGGGAGUUUCGAACGAAAUGUCAGCAAUGGAAAAGAAAUUACUGGUGAUUGAUGUGGACGCUGGAGUGGAUGACGCUGUUGCCUUAAUGAUGGCUCUGAGAGCACCCAACGUUGAAGUUCUGGGGAUCACUUGCUGUUUUGGGAAUACUUCAGUGGAAAACGUGUGCAAAAAUGUCCUUCGGAUGUUACAGAAGUGUAACAGUUUACAGAUUCCAGUUUAUCAAGGUGCUUCUUCCCCAUUCCUUAAUAAUCUGAAAAGUGAUAGUUAUUUUGGAAAAGAUGGCUUGGGAGAUAUUCCUGACCCAGAUGCUCCAGGACUGGACAAACUCCAAGAAGAACAUGCAGUGCCUGCAAUGAUCAGAAUGAUUAGUCAACUACCUGGCCAGGUAACUUUGGUAGCCACUGCCCCUUUGACCAAUCUAGCUCUGGCUGUGAAAAUGGACCCAAGCUUUCCAAAGAAAAUUAAAAAUCUGUUCAUGAUGGGAGGAAAUAUGAAUUCUAGAGGGAAUAUGGAUGUAUGUUCAGAAUUCAAUUUUGCAGCAGAUCCAGAAGCAGCUUACAUUGUCUUAAAUGAGUACAUUUGCCCUACUUACAUUGCUACUUGGGAAUUUGUAUGCAUGUAUACAUUGCCUUGGGAAUUUUAUGAGCAAUGGACUUCACAAAACAGUAAAAAAGCUAGAUUUUUGAAAGAAAUCAAUGCUUAUACUGUGACCUGUUUGAAGAAACAUGUACAGAAACCUACUGCACUGUUCUGGACACCAGGCUAUAUGCCUUCUGACUGCUUUGCCAUAGCAGCUGCCAUUGACGAGGACUUUAUCACUAAAGCAAUAGACUGUGCUGUGACUGUGGAACUGGCUGGCUUCCACACCUGAAGAAUGAUGGUUCUGGAUAUUAAUGAUAAGCUUCAGAAGAAAAACAAAGUUUCAGUCAUGAUGGAAUGCAAUGCAGAAAAAUUCAAGGCACUUCUGACAGACAGUUUGAAAGAAGGUUCUAUCUUUAAUGAAAGGUAAUGAUGAACAUCACAAGAUCUAUUUGUUGUAAUUCUGGGUGUAUACCUCUAAAAUAUUGCAUUCAUUUCGGGGAAAGAUUUUGGGCAAGUAGGGCUUUUUAAAAAUUUCAGUAAUGCUUCUUUCAGUUUAUGUUCUAUUUUGAAUCCAUAGUAAUACAAUAAGUAAUGUUUCUCAUACUUCAGAAUAUCAAAAUCUGUUUUAAUGUGUAUCUUUGUUAUUAUUACUGUAAAAUCACAGAAACAGUGUGGCACCUAUAUUUUUAUAAUGAAUUAAUUUGACAACAGAGCUUCUACCCUAUUAUCCAUUUUAUUCACUAUUGUUACAAGUUUGAUGAAUUGUAUAAAUCUGUUCACUUUCACUUAAACUGCAAAGAUGUCCAUUUUUUUCAGUAAGGAGCCACAUAGUGAAAUUGGGGCUUUUAGGUAACAUUUUUUAAG